AUGAGUGACCUCUUCUUGAGCCCGGAACAUGUUCUCCAAGGGGGCUACUUUCAUGCCACCUUAAGAAAACUUCAAGAACCCAAUACAAGCAUCGAGCCGCACAACAUAAUGUAUCCAGUUUUUUUACUGGAAGACAAAGAUGCCAUGCAAGCUGUAUCUAGUAUGCCAAAUGUGUACAGAUAUGGUAUCAACAAAUUGAUACCAGCUUUAACAGAAUUGGUUGAUAGGGGUCUUCAAUCAAUUCUUAUAUUUGGUAUUGUUGAAACUUUACCCAAGGACCCAACAGGCUCCAGUGCUGACUGUCCAGAAAACCCAGUUAUUAAAGCUUUGCCAAAAAUUAAAGAAGCAUUGCCAAACCUUGUAAUUGCAUGUGAUGUGUGUUUAUGUCCAUAUACAUCCCAUGGGCAUUGUGGCAUAUUGACCAAUGGGGCAAUAGACCAUCCUGAAUCAGUCAAAAGAAUUGCUGAAGUGUCUCUAGCCUAUGCUAAAGCAGGAGCUCACAUAGUAGCCCCCUCGGAUAUGAUGGACAACAGAAUUAAAGCAAUAAAAGACGCGCUAUUCGAGAAUAAGUUGCAGAAUCAGGUGUCAGUAUUAUCGUAUUCCUGCAAGUUCGCUUCAUCCAUGUAUGGUCCGUUCAGAGAUACAAUGAAGAGCUCUCCUAUGGCCGGUGACAGAAAGUGUUACCAGCUGCCACCAGGCAGUUCUGGACUCGCUGCCAGGGCUGCGGCACGUGAUGUUGCCGAAGGAGCAGACUUCUUGAUGGUAAAACCUGGUCUUCCAUACCUCGACAUCGUGCGGCAGACAAAAGACCGUUACCCCAAUCAUCCUCUGUUUAUAUACCAGGUGUCUGGAGAAUAUGCUAUGAUAUCCAAAAGUGGUGAGGGAAGUGAAAUGGAGGCUGUUCUUAUGGAGACACUGCUAUGUAUGCGCAGAGCGGGCGCCGACUGCAUAAUUACCUACUUCGCACCUCUGAUUUUAAAUAUUUUAGCGAAAAAACAUUGA